UCUAUAGGAGCCUGACAGCUGCUGGGGCAUGUCAUAAAGCACUCAGAAGCCAGGAGACCCUACAGCUUGCUUCCUUCAGGUUUUUGGGAACCUUCAGGCAGCCAGCUGACAACAGUGGCGUUCUGACACUCAUCUAAGAUUUGUUUGUCUGAUCGAAAGUAUCUUCCAUCAGACAAGGAUCCCUGCUGGAUAUACAAGCAUAGAAGAUGUUACAUUCUGAGAUCAAAUUUAACUUCUGAAAAUAUGCCAGAUUUUGGGCUUUUCCAAAGGAAACCAUACCCACUGAAAGGAGGAUAAGUGUGACUAUACCUCUAAGGGAAUCUCCCCUAACUAGGUCAGGCUCAGGAAAGAGGCAGACAGGAAAGCAGCUCAAGGUGAGAAGACCUCUUGUUCCUUAAUAAAGUAAUAAAUUGGAUAUCUCCUAUGACUGGCUUCUCAUAAUAAUAGAACAAUGUACAUUUCAUUUAAAAGCCAGGCAUUUGAGGAUAGCUGCUAGCAUACCUCCGUCAUCUCCCACACUGUGAGGAAUAUCUCAUGGUUUGAAGGUCUGGGAGACUGAACUGAAAGAGAUGAGCGGGCGGGAGCCUCAGAGUCAACAAAGGCUAAUGGGACAGCUUUAAUCCAAAAGAGAGAACAUGCCACACACUGAGGGAAGACCUAAGAAGUGAAGUUCCACUUUUCUAACAUAUGGCAAACAGGAGUGAAGCCUGCUGACAAGUAACGUCCCUCAACGGUCACUAUAACCUAUAGCAAAACUCUUGCUCUCCUUCUGGAGCUUUGAUAUUGGUCCUGGUUGGGUCACAUUGUACAUUCUUCUCAAUAGGCUAUUUGUGUUGCAAACACAGUCCAGAACCCAUUCGUUCUAUUUUUAACUUUUGACCCAUGCAUAAAUGUUUGUUUAUAUGCAUGUAUAUUUGUCCCCCCCUCUCUCACACACCCUGCUAAGCAGAGCAUUCUUGUCAGCAUAAGGGAAUCUCAAAACUUUCAGAAUGAUGCUGUGAUUGGUUGAGCUUUUCAGAAGUAACAAGGGACAACCUACCUCUGCUCCAUCGAUCUUCCUCAACCCUAACCCUUUUCCUUCUUGAGCGAGUAAAACUUUCUCCAAGGGCUCUGGUUACAAAAGGGUCAUCACUGUCUCUGACUCUGAAGGCAAGCUGGAUAGCGUCUUCUUAUUUGAAGAGGGCUUGAUGUGCAGUGCUUUGUCUCCUGACGAAAAGAGCAGCAUUAAAAACCAGCAGUCAGCAUAGCAGGCCUGCAGAGCAAACAAGAUGGAAGGGAAGACUAUGGAGGAAAGCUGAUAAGGGAUGGGGGGAAGUCUAUAAAAUGACUCCUUUUUCUAAAAAGGUGACUAGGGAAGGGGUGAGAAAGACCAAGGGUGAGGAAGGAAGUGGGUAUAUGCAUAGAGGGAGGAGAGAAAAAGGAACUGCAGGUGAGGGAAAGGGGGAAAGAGAAAGAAGUCGGAAGGAAGAUGGCAAAAAGAACAGAGUCCAAAGAAGGUACCAAGGCUGUAUGCUGAAUAACAGAAGAACGAGUCAUUUCAAACCCACACACACACAAGAGGAGAUUCUGGUGAUUUCACACACCCUUCUCUGCUGUCUUUGCCUCCUUUGUCUCAUCAUGGCAUUGGGAAAAAAAAUAGAAGGAAAGAACAGUUAUGCACACAGAUGGAGAUUUUCAUGGAUGAAGAAAAGCUCCUAACAGAGGUGAUGCUGAACUGGGCUAGUAGCUCCCAAACGGGGAGUGGAUGCCACGGAGCUUUCCAUCGGCUCUUCCUCCACCGGCCCUUCCUCUGCCGGUCCCCCUCCCACCGGUUCUCCAUGUUUUGGAUUGGACUUCCAGUGAUGUUUGGCACACCUGAGUUAAAGAUUUCUUAAGAAACCAGUCGAUUGAGCAAAAAUGGGUGACUGGAGCUUCUUAGGAGAAUUCCUUGAAGAAGUCCACAAGCAUUCCACAGUGGUGGGGAAAGUCUGGUUGACUGUGCUUUUUAUCUUCCGGAUGCUUGUCCUGGGUACAGCUGCAGAGUCUUCAUGGGGAGAUGAACAGUCUGACUUCAACUGUGACACUCAGCAACCUGGCUGUGAGAACGUCUGCUAUGACAAAGCUUUCCCCAUCUCUCACAUCAGGUACUGGGUCCUUCAGAUUAUCUUUGUCUCAACCCCUUCCCUGUUGUACAUGGGACAUGCAGUGCACACAGUGCGCAUGGAGGAAAAGAGGAAACUAAAGGAGGCCAAAGAAGGAUCAAGGGCAAUUCAAGGCAAGAAUGACUCUUUCCACCACCAGGAAUGCCAAGCACCUGAGAAGGCGGAGCUGUCCUGCUGGGAUGAGCCAAGCGGGAGAAUACUUCUUCAAGGCACUUUAUUGAACACCUAUGUGUGCAGCAUUUUAAUCCGUACCACCAUGGAGGUAGCCUUCAUUGUUGGACAGUACAUGCUGUAUGGAAUCUUCCUUGACACACUCUAUGUUUGUCAGCGGAAGCCCUGCCCCCACCCAGUCAACUGCUACGUCUCUCGGCCGACAGAGAAGAACAUCUUUAUCCUUUUCAUGCUGGCUGUAGCAGCACUCUCCCUUUUCUUAAGCCUGGCUGAACUGUAUCACUUGGGAUGGAAAAAAGCCAAGCAGAGGUUCUCCCUUUCUUACAAAAGCAGCCCUAGCCCAGUCACUGGCAAACUGAAGGCAGACUCCCAAGCAAAGAUAACGCAAAGCUGCACUCCUCCUCCAGAUUUUAAUCAGUGUUUGGCCAACCAUGGUGAGAAGUAUAUCAGUCCUUUCAGUAAUAAAAUGGCCUCUCAGCAGAACACCGCCAACUUUGCAACAGAGAGGGUUCACAACCAGGACAAUACAGAUGGAGACACUCCAUUUAUUCAAGUUAAUUAUACACAGAAUCCUGAGACCAACAAUAGUUCUGCACCCAGCCUGCUUCCCAAUGGCUACUUCCGCGACAAACGCAGGAUCAGCAAAACCAGCCACACCAGCAGUAAGGCUCGGUCUGAUGACCUGUCAGUGUGAAUUGCUUUCAGUUGGGGGGGGGGGAGGAAGGGAAUACUCUCCGUUAUGCCAAAUACCUGCAGUGUAGAUUUUGAAAUCCUGCCAGUCUGAGCUCCAGUCAGCCAAUUCAAAUAUUUUUUAAGUGAAUGGCCUGACAUACUACAAAAAAAUUAUUUCAAAGCUUAUUUCAUUCUUUUAUCCUAUUACUGUUUGGAUAAACUUUGGUUACUAGAGAGUGAUUAUAUAGCAUUGUUGUGAAGAGCUUGAGGCUGUUUACUCAAAGUAUACAUAGCCCUACAGAUGUAAACCAGUAUAAUCAUCAUGAUUUUCCCAAAGAAUCCUGGUACUUGUAGUUUUGUGACAGUAUAGGGACAUCUUUGGUAGAAGUCCCAAGCCCUUUCAUAUAACUAUAAAUUCCUGGAUUUCUUGACUGGAUUUAUGGUAGUUUCCAUUUGUUGUGGCUUUAAUUGCUGUUCUGGACAAACCCUCAAACUAGCAGACCCUAACACUUUGCUAUUUAAUAAGGAGGUGCCAUUGAUACAUGUGACAUCCACAAUUUCUCUCCUCUCAAAUAAAGUGGAAGCUCUGGCUUGCUGAACUGAACCAUUACUUCCCAAAUGAGGCUGGCUCUCAUUUGCAGCAUUGACCUGAUGACCGCGGACUUCUGCUACUCCACUUCUCAUCUGGCAUCAUUUCCAGACAUUUUGCAAGCACACCAUAGGGCAGCUUCCCUUUUCCUGGGAGAGUGAAAUAUCAAAUGUCUUCCUUUUCCUCAUCUCUCCACUGGAUCCCACCUCCUACGCCAGCUUGCCAUACUUACACCAAGUAAAUGUGCAAUGAAUCCUACUUGAAUUUUUGAUAUGUAUGUAUGUCUGUAUAUAACUACUUUAGAAUUUUAAUAGCCUCCUAGAACUAAUAGAUAAACACUGGCUCAGAAAGACAGUAACUGAAGAUACUUAUUAGAGUCAUUUCAACAGAAAUAUUUACUCACCGGAAACAAUAUUUCCCAUGGAAAAUAAUACUUUAAUUAGAAACAUGAAGCAACCCAGUCCUUUUAGGACCGUCCACAGCAAAGCAACAGGCAAUCAUUGUCUCUGCCUGAGCCUGAAGCACACUGAUAUUUUGUAGUUUUUUAAAUUUUGUACUAUUUUUAAUUCAUUCUUAGCUUUAAACUUAGUGAUGUUGCAUAUAAAGAACCUAUCCACCAGGCAGGAAUACACCCAGGAUCAAAACUGGGGUGGGGGGUGUAGGAUUGUGCAUCACCAACAGAGAGGGAAUGCGUUGUCAUGAAAGAGACAAAAGAGGACAUGGAUUUGCAUAAAAUUUGUCUAUGCUUUUUAUAUGCAUAGAUGCAAAUUUAGAACUAAUUACUUUUUGAUUUAAAUAGAAAUAUACUACAUCUCACCUUCGUGGGGCAGGUGAUGACCUUGUGAGCUGUAUGCCUACUCAACCUGGUGUUCAAGUGUUAAUGGUUAGGGCCAGCUUCAAGGCCUCUGUGGCUCUCCCUUCUUAUGCUUCUUUAGCUUUAAACUAGGCCUGGACCAGGCACAGCCCUUCAAACAGAGGACUGUCCUCUGGCUCUGAGAGACCUUCAAAAAGGACAUAUGGCCAUCUCUGGCUCUGACAGUAGGACAUAUGGCCACCAUAAUUUCAGGAUCAGUUAUAGGGUGUUCUAAAUCUCUGAACUCAGUUAGCUGAGCAGGGUGCAUGUAUCUUCUCAUGGGGCAGUAUUCAACUAAUUCAGCCUGUGAGUGCAAGGAUUACCGCUAGCACAACAGGACUUCCCCCCUCUCCUACCCCCAUGUGCACCCCGCACCCUCCCCAAAUCUGUUCCAGCAGGUUGGGGAAACCCCAGAACAGAUUUAAGGGGAGCGCAGGGUGAAGAGAAGGGGGAAAAGUUCCAUUGCACAGGCAGAAUUCCUUGCGCUGAUGGAACUACUUAGUGUUACGUUGGACGCAACCCAAGGACUAUAGCAUGAUCCACACAUACAAAGAUUUCACUGCCUCACAAGUUCAGUUCAUCUUUGCCCUCACAUGACCUCUUAGAGUGAGCAUAUUGUCUUGUGAUGGAGUGUCAAGCAUGACAGAUGCUGGCUUAUUCCUAAAGAGAACUCAGCUCCUCCCACACCACCAUCUUACAGUUCAGACUAGGUACCCAAAAUACCAAACAACACUAACCUUGUAGGCUGCUCAGAUGACACAAGGAGGGAUAGAUAACUUGGGAUCAAUUUGUUUAUCACAGAACUCAGAUAAGGGAAUUCAUUUUGUCUUCCUAUUUUCGGAAAAUCUAGUUGCCAGACAGCAAUGUGUUCCACCACCCUUUAAAAAACAUGUUUUUACUGUGUUAAUGUUGUAUCUGAUGCUCAAAUUAUGGGACAGGAAGAAAGGAAGUACCCUCACUGUUUUAAAGGGCUACCUUGCAAGUGAGGAUCCCAUCUCUUGUUUUCCUUGGGGCAGAGAGAAUAAGGGUGAUGAUACAGUCUGUAUGUUUGUGUUAAAGGGGUGUGAUGAAAGACAAAACUCUGUGUUUGAAGCUUCCUUUCCUUAUGUUUCCCAGUUUCUCCAUAUUUCAAGCAGAAGGGUCGGAAAUGCAUGUUCUCUUUUGAAGAUGUUUCAAAACUGUGCUUUGUUUUGUCCUAAUAAAGUUUGGACU